UCGUGCGAAUGUGAUAGUCGAUGGACGGUGAUGGACCAUACUAACUAUUGAGAAUUGAAAAAUCUGAAUUUAUAUUUAUUAAAUACUUAAAAUUAUUUCCUAUUUAUUUUAAUCACCAAGAAACGUUUGUAGAACAUUUUUGUACCUAGUGUAUUUCACUUUAUAAAAAUGAAUACAAUGUAUUCGAAUCCUGAGAAUUUACCUGUUGAGAAUGUUACGAUUUCAGCUGCAAACGACGGUGUGGUUCAGAUAAUAAAGGCUUUGGACCCAUACUGGGUUGAGAAAAAGAAUCUAAUACUGUAUGAGAAGCCGCCAACAGGCAGUGGGAUGAUUAUAGGAGCUCUGGACUCAUGGAGAUCGAAAAUGUCACUGUAUCUAGAGAACUUAAAAUGGCUGUUAAGUUUAGAGCACCAUAGAUUUUGGAGCACAGUUCUCUAUCAUUCCCAGUGUAUGGAUUCUCUUAUUUCAUUCCUUCAAGAAUCCUCUCCGCCAUACAUUCGACCACAUGAAUGUAAAGAAAUUCAAAAUUUAUAUGAAGAAAUCAGAAGGCUAGUUUUUGUUGCAUUUAGUAGACUGAUUACGAAUAAGGAGAGUAAGACACAAUGGAUGACUAAGGAACAUAUGGCAAGUUUAAUAUAUGACAAUUUUAUAUUUACAAUACCGGUAUUAUGGGAUAUAUGUUUAACAUAUGGUGUAGAUAAUAGCCGACAUGUCUCGAGGCUGGUAGACGCUGUGUAUACACUGCAGCCUAGGUAUGAAGGGGAUACUGCACAAGCGCUAGUUUUUGUACAUGAGGCCUUCAAAUACAUAAUUUUACAAGUAAAUAAAGACUAUGAUUGUGAGGAUCCACCAAAUUUACCUGAAACAUUUAAAGGUUUUGGGGAAAUAAGACGACCAACAAAUUCCAAAGGGCAAGAGAAACUCACAUUUGAUACACUUCGGGAUCUGGUUGUCCAUAUGCUUGAUUCUGCCAUGACCUUAAGAAUAUAUGUAGAAGUCUACUCAAAGGGUGUUCAUAUAUUGAAGAGUACAAACUUUAUUUUAAGUAUAGUUCAAGUGUAUGAGUAUGGAAUACCACAUCUAUAUGAGAAGUUAGAGGAGGUCGGUGACCCCACCCGUGUUAGUUACACAGAGGUCGAAGAGUUCAUUGACCUCACCAGAUCAGAACUCAUUGAUAUAUUCAGAGAGGUGCUGGCUGUUUACAAGAACGCUAUUUUCAGCGGAGAAAGCAAUAUAUCAAACAAUGUUGAAGCCUAUCUGUCUGUCAUGAUGGACGCACUGUCUGAACGACUUCUAAUAAAAGACUACCAUUCGUGCCACCCAGUACAUGAAGAUAUUGAUAUGCUGCGACAAGCCUAUCCUGCUAUUGAUACAGUAAAAACAGAUUUUAUAUUACAAGCGAUAUACUCCAACCUAGACGAAGAAAUACCGGAACGUGACCAAAGACAAUGUCAGCAUGGAAUCCAUUUGAACGGCCAUCUUGAAACCAUAGAUAUACCCUCAUCAUCCAGAGACAUUGACAUACCAGAUAACGUUAGAGAGCAAUCUUUAAUUAGUGAGGUUAAGGACAUAUUGCCGCAUCUUGGAGAUGGAUUUGUUUUGAAAUGUCUGGAAUACUACGGAUUUCAGGUUGAUAGGGUUGUAAAUAGUGUUUUGGAGGAUACGUUGGCGGAACCAUUAAGAAAAUUGGACAAAGACCUACCAAUAAUCCCAGAAGAUCCAGUCGACAGAAAGUUCCUAGAAACUGGAGUGGAAAGACUUAACGUGUUUGAUGGAGACCAGUUUGAUAUAAUGACCCGUGAUGAUGUGGACCUGAGUAAGAUUCAUAUUGGGAAGAGGAAAUCGAAGUACAAAGACCUUAAGGAUAUGUUAAAUGACAAGACGGACGUGAAAACCAGGGUUGAUAUAUACAGCAAAUACAAUCUGGUAUGUGACGAAGAAGCACUAUACUCCGAUGAGUAUGACGACACAUAUGACUCAGAUGGCAUAGCCCCAACUAAAGAUAUGACAGAUGACACUAGGAGACCAUUUGUGACCCCUCGUGCUUUGCUCAACACGAAAAAGGAUGUUGAGGAAUACGAUGAAUCGGAGAGUGAAGACGAGAAACCAAGUCAGGAGAAGAGUGAUAGAAGAGAUUUCUGUGUCAAUCCUGAAGAGAUGAGAGCUAGGCGAGAGGCUAACAAUGCCAGGGGAAGGAGAAAACCCGUGCCUGCCAGAAACGUUGACGUCGCAGGCGCUCCUAAAGGCCAAGGGCAGACGAAGGACGUCCUCAACAAUAGAGAUCGGAAAGAAAAACACAAGUCUUCCAGAGCUAACCAUAAUAGACGACAAGGAGCGCAAUGGAAACGUAGUCAGGGCAUGAUGCCUUCAUAGUAUUUAACCGCAAAAAACCCGCAGUGAAAAACCCGCUUGAAAUGAAAAAAAAUCCUAUAUCGUAACACUUUAGUCUCCAUAUACAGUAAUCCUCUCUAUAACACGGACCGGCGUUAUUAGAAAUCGCGUUGUAAGAGUUCUUGUAAUUAUUUUUGAAUAAUUUAAAAACGAGAUACACGAAUUUAAUAAAGUUCUUUUGUUUAAUAAUACAAUUUAAAUUUACUCAGAAAUCUUCGCGUUAUAUUGGUGAUGUGAAUCGCGUUAUACGAAAAUGAGUUAUACUAUUGCUUUUCGUGUGUACACAUAGGUCUAUUUUUAAUUUACAAUUGUUAUUUCAUGAAGUUAUUUUUAAAUAAAUUUGCUUUCUCUACAUUUUGGACUCCAGUUAUUCCACAUAUAUAGUCUUUAUUGGUAUUAAAUAUAGCGGUUAAAACCCGCAGUUUUUGUAUUAUUUGGAAACAUACAAACCAAAUGUACUGUAAUGGUUCCUGUAUUCUCUUAUUAUUACGUAAAAAGUCUCCUAAUUAUUUCUUAUAUAUUAAGGCAUCUAAUCGUGGUUCGGAAUUCACCAUAUUUCGAAAUGAAAUAUAUUUUUGACCCAUCAAACCAUAAAUUAAAUUUAUAUAGAUUUUUUCCUUUUCGUUCGUAAAUUAUAACUUAUUACUGUGUGAAGUGAAAAUUUGUUCAAACUUUUAGUAUUUUUUAAUCUAUAUCUGUAUAUAUCUAUCUAUUUAAAGGUCAGUUAUGCACUUCUGACUAUCUAUCUAUCUAUAUAACUUAACAUAAGAUGAGCUUCUUGCCGAUACAAAAAAAAAAUUACAAAGCUAGAAUGGGCUUAGGGACUACUGAUUUAAAAUAUUUUAAUGAUGUAAUGAAAUGAAUGCCUAUAUUCCCACCCACAACUAAGAUAGCACGUUAGCGUUAUACGUACAAACUAACGAUUCUUGCCAAUAGAGUUAGAUAUAUAUACGAUUCAUAAAGGUUUGUUAAUCGGAUAUCGUUAGUCAUCUCUUUUUAUCACAGUGUAAUAGCAUAUAACAGAAAGAGACGAAAGAAUACUGUAGUUCAAUUAGACCAAUGACAAGUGACACAUUUGUCAGCCUACUAAUAGCGGCCAUUUUUUAUUACUAUUAAACAAUUGCUUUACUUUUCUCAAUUCCAAUUAAACCAUUCUAAACAAAAUAAUUUUGCGAAAUGAACGUCCUAUGAAGCUUAAACUGACAUAAUAUAUCUUAAGCUUAAAUUAAAUCUGAAGCCUAAAUUGACUAAAUCCCCAAAGACCUUUCAGGCUUUCUACCAUAAUACCAGACCGUAAAGCAUAGUCUAGACUUUAUGACUUUGACACUUUUGGUGUGUUAAUCACACCGUCAAAUGUCAAAAUUUAAAUUUUGUUUUUUUUUUAAUGUCACUCGUCAAGGAAAUAACUUACAAUAUGUGUCGGGAGAGUAUAUUUUUGUCAUUGAUACAUUAUAUCCCUGUAGUUUAAUAAAUUAUAUAUUUAUA